GGUGAUCAAGUUUCACGAAGUCGAGGAGGAAGCUUUGGCAGAAGAAAGGCGAUUGAACCGUCUCUAUGAGAAGUGGACCAUUCUGGCGUCGAUCAGUUCGUCCUGUCUGCCAGAAAGUUUCGCCAACUUAGCCGAGGACACCAAGGAGGGCGUUGCUACACUCAAACUUUUCUUAGGAUCGAAGAGCGUCGCCACGCUUGAGAAAAGAGUCGCGUCGUUGCUUAGAUUCAGCAGUUGGGCGCGCAAAGAGAAGAAACAAUCAGAUAUUUUUCCUGCAUCCCCUCUGGACAUUGAGAACUACUUUUCUUUCUUGACAACGUGUGAGGCAGCUCCUUCUGCCUACACAAGUUUUGAGGAAGCAGUGAACUUUUGCAAGCAUCACCUUCACAUGAGGCUUGUUUCUGAAACCGAGGAAGGAAUAGUGACUUUGAAAGGCAGAAGGUUGCUGGAAAGCUCCCUGGGCCAGAGAAAGGAGUUAAGGCAGGCACGCCCGUUGACAGUCACAGAGAUCAAGCGCUUGGAACAGAUGCUGAGCGAUGAGGGCGUCUCGCUGACUGAACGAUACUUUGUCGGUGUUGUUCUGUUUUGCAUCUACUCUAGGUCCAGGUGGAGCGAUGUUCGCAAAGUGUACAACGCAGUAUGCGAUAUCCCGCAGGUUGCGCGGGCAACCAGUCAUGGCUUCUUGGAGUGCCGAACUCGGUCUCACAAGACGGCUCAUCUGGUACGAAAGAAAGGGCUAGUUAUGCCACUAGUGGCACCAGUCCUGGGACUUGAAACCCCUCCUUGGGGCGUGAAAUUUCUGGACGUGGCCAAGGAAACCGGAUUAGCUUUCGUCGAUCGGCCUGAAGGGCCCUUGAUGCCCGCGCCCGACAAGAGUGGCGCCUGGACACAGAGAGCAGUCAGAAGCUCAGAGUGUUCAAAGUGGAUUCAGGUGUUGCUUGACGAGGACCCGAAGGAGACGCGACGGCCAACGUCGCAUUCUUUGAAGGCCACAACACUCAGCUGGUGUGCAAAGUUUGGCAUCGAGCCACACAGUCGCCUGAUACUCGGCCACCACAGCACGAACUCCAGAUCUGCUGACAUUUAUGCCAGGGAGCUCUUGGCUUCCCCGUUGAGGGAGUACGAAAACAUGCUUCAACAUGUUCGGCAGGGAACUUUUUGCCCAGACAACACCAGAUCCGGUAUGGUGGCAGAGCAGGAGAACGAAGGCAAGAUCAACAACGACGCCUCUGAGAGCAUCGCGACAAAGCCUGAGGCUCCAAUCGCGGUGGAGGAGGAGGAUCACAGGGUUGAACCCACAGACUUUAGCCCAGCCAGGUUGCUGGAUGACCAAUCUAGCGAAUCUAGCGAAUCGAGUUCCGAUGCCUCCAUGUCUGACCAAGAGCUGGCCGAUUUCCAGCCUGAGCACGGAGCUAUCAACAGUGAGCCUGAUGUCCAACUUUUUCAACACCAUAGGACUAAAGUCGUGCACAAGAAAGCUUUAGGCACAAUUCGCAACCGCUUUCAUUGCGGUAUAGUCCACACAUCCGAUUUUCGUGAGAUCAGUGAGAGUUUGUUUUUGCAGAGUCGGAAAUGUCUUCGCUGCGAAACAGUUCGACCAAUCAGAGAUUAUGGCGCUUUGGCGGCAGUGCUGAAGCGGCAGCGCACUCAGGCUUGA